UGAUCUGUUGACGCGAUUAUGUGUCAUUAUUUUAGUGUUAAGUUACAGUACAGUUCUUGCGGCUUACAACAUUACGGAUCGUUAUUUAUCUAUGGGCCCCCGAAAUAAUUACCAGACGAGACAGGAACGUUUACUAAACUUUAACACGGACACGGACGGAGAGAUUAGUAUUGAAAUGCAAUUUGCAGUUCCCUUUAUCAGGAUACCGGUGGAGAAAGCCAUACAUGCGACAAAAGGCGCCGUAGCUAAUGUCAAUGUAGCCGCACUUGUGGUAACAGCAGCGAUCGCUCUUAUGACUGGUUUCGUUUUACCUGCCCUUCUUAAACUAUUCAGCUAUAAAUACAUGAACAUGGCAGAAGCAGCUGACAUGCCCAUGGGAAGAAGUUUCAAAAGUGGACCCUCGGAAAUUUGGCGCUUCCUAACAGUAAUGGAUCAAGCUCUAAUGGAAAAUGACUUGGACACCACGUCUUGUAUGCAAAAAAUGGUGUGCUACACGGUAAGGGAAUCGUCAAAUAAAGUUUCCAACGGCCUAGCGUCGAGUAAAGACAAAAUCAUUGAUGGAAUAGUAACAAAUGAAUGGAUAAGUAAAUUAUUCGACGGUACGCCGGUGCAGUCGGCGAUAAGAAGUGGUUUAGAUGGAGUGAAUUGUUCGAACGAGUACAGCUUGUGUAAACUAGAGCAAAAGACGUUUGCUAAUUUGGUUAGACAGUUCGCGAAUACCAUUAAUUUGACGUAACGAGUGUAACUAGUCAUAAUACAUACCUAAUUUGUUUACUUUGCAUAUAUUAUUUGUUGUAGUGAUAAUUGUUGGGAAAUUAAGUUUAUGUUUUUUCUACAUGUUAUUUAGCAUUGUUUUA